AUGUCAGUGUCCACAGCGACCGGCGGAGCGUUAGUCUUCUCCGGCACCACCAUACUCAUCUGUAUGGUGGCCAUGUUGAACAUCUACCGUGAGGUGCAAUCAGUUUGGGCUGAGUUGGACGUCCAAAUGGACCAGUUCAAGGUUAGCACCGAAGACUUGUGGCAGGAUAUGCUUCAAAUGGGCGCGGCUACACCAUCCAACCGUGCUCGUCGUGAGUCGUACGGUGGGUAUGGAGCUUCUGGAAACCAGGCUCCAGCCUCGAGCAGUGGACCAAGCGGUGGAUCGGGAAGUGCUGGAGGCUAUGGGGUUGUCAACAGUGUUCCUCAUGUUUGCAGUAAGUUUUGGCUUUUUUUUUACUUGUGGUAGGGGGUAGGCUUAAGAGAACUAAACUUUUAAUCUUAGGGUUAUAAAGCAAAGUUGUAACUUUUAACAUUAGGCUUAUAAACAGAAGACGUUACAGUAAGCAAUGUUUAAAAACAGAUUUUAAACUCGUACCAACCUAACACAUCAAUUCCAGAAUGCGCCGCGGAGGACCAAAACAAAUGCCCACCAGGACCAGCAGGACCACCCGGAGAAGCCGGCUUGGCCGGAGUACCCGGCUUCCCAGGCAAACCAGGUAUCGACGGCGAACAAGCCGACUCCAUCUCCAACGAAGCUCCGAAGGGCUGCUUCCACUGCCCAGCCGGCGUUCCAGGAGCGCCAGGUAGCGCCGGCCGCCCCGGUAUGCGUGGUAUGCGCGGACCAAAAGGUACUCCCGGCUUCCCAGGCCGUGACGGGUUCCCCGGAAUCCCCGGCGAUCAAGGACCAGAAGGACCAGCCGGUGACGACGGACGCUCGGGAACUCAAGGAGAGAAGGGUGAGGAUGCCGAAAAGCCAAUCCCACGCAAAGGUCUACGCGGUCAUCCCGGAGAACAAGGCCCAGAAGGACCACAAGGUGACCAAGGAGCCGACGGCCCACAAGGUGCUCCAGGACCAAAAGGAGAACAAGGGCCAGCCGGAUCCGUGGGAUCGGCCGGAGCUCCAGGAGAUGAAGGAGGUCCAGGAGCUGAAGGACAAAUCGGAAAGGAUGCUGAGUACUGCCCAUGCCCACCACGUGACGGUGGUAAGGGAUCCGGUGGAGCUGGUGGAGAACACGGUGCCGGAGGCUAUGGUGAAGAGAAACACAGCGGUUCGGCUGGUGGUGCUGGCGGUUAUCGUCGCAGAAUCCGCGUGCAAUAG